AUGUCGCCGAGUCUAGUUGCUCCAGAGCCAGAGCACUGCCCUGGCCCUGAGUCGGAGCAGGCAGGUCAAGGUGAUGCCUGCGCUGGAUGCCCCAAUCAACAGAUUUGUGCUUCUGCCCCGAAAGGUCCCGACCCCGAUAUUCCUAUCAUCCAAGAGAGGCUCUCCCAGGUCCGGCACAAGAUCCUUGUGUUAUCGGGGAAAGGUGGGGUUGGCAAGUCAACCUUUUCCUCUCUUCUCGCCCAUGCGUUUUCAGCGAACCCCGACUCGAUGGUUGGCUUGAUGGACACCGAUAUCACUGGACCUUCGAUUCCAAAGCUAAUGGGGGUGGAAUCGGAGACAAUCCACGUGAGCAACGCAGGCUGGAGUCCGGUGUGGGUGACCGACAACCUAGGCGCAAUGAGCGUGCAGUUCAUGCUGCCCAAUCGGGACGAUGCAGUAAUCUGGAGAGGACCAAAGAAGAAUGGUCUGAUCAAACAGUUCCUGAAGGAUGUGGACUGGGGUGAGCUGGACUAUCUCAUCAUCGACACUCCACCGGGCACCUCGGAUGAGCAUCUGUCCGUCAACUCUCUCCUAAAGGAUUCGGGAGUUGACGGUGCUGUCGUUGUCACUACACCGCAGGAGGUAUCUCUAUUAGAUGUUAGGAAAGAGAUUGACUUCUGCCGCAAAGCCGGUAUUCGAGUUUUGGGGUUAGUUGAGAACAUGAGUGGCUUUGUCUGCAAGAACUGCAACACUGAAAGCCAGAUUUUCCGGGCUACGACGGGCGGUGGUAAGCGGUUAGCGAAGAAGAUGGGCAUCCCAUUCCUAGGGGCAGUCCCUCUCGAUCCCAGAAUCGGAAUGGCCUGUGAUUACGGUGAAAGCUUUGUAGAUGGCUUCCCUGAUAGCCCGGCGGCGAAGGCUAUCAAGCAGGUGGUGCGCGCGGUUGGACAGUUGGUUGGAGAAAACCCUGAUACUGUGCUACCAGAUGAUACAGUAGAGUGA